AGGAAGUGGCGGGCGGAGCCCGGGGCCGAGUCGCCUCCUCGGACGCCGCCGCCGCCGCCGCCAGUGCUAGGACCCCGACCUGGCGGGGCAGCGCUGGGCGUGCGUGCGUGCGGGGGCGCUGACGACGAACGGGAAGCGGCGGCCAAGCGGGCGUGGGUGGCUGGUCGCGGCGGAGGCGUGUGGGACGGCCCUCCUGGCUCAGGUGGGUGGUGCGGUGGCCGUGUGAGGGGCGCGGAACCCCGGCCUGUUGUUCCCGCGGGCCGCCUCCUCCGGGGGUGAGCGGGUCUCCCACCACGCGGGAGGCUGGAGCUGCCCUUCCCUCCGCGAAGAUCUUAAACCCGCAUUAUGGAUCCAAGCCUUUUGAGAGAACGGGAGCUGUUCAGAAAACGAGCUCUUUCCACUCCUGUAGUAGAAAAACGCUCAGUAUCUUCUGAGUCAUCAUCAUCAUCAUCAUCAAAGAAGAAAAAAGCAAAGCUAGAACAUGGAGGAUCAUCAAGCUCUAAACAAAAUUCUGAUCAUAGCAAUGGAUCAUUUAACUUGAAAGCACUAUCAGGAAGCUCUGGAUAUAAGUUUGGCGUUCUUGCUAAGAUUGUGAAUUACAUGAAGACACGGCAUCAGCGAGGAGAUACACAUCCUCUUACUUUAGAAGAAAUUUUGGAUGAAACACAACAUUUAGAUAUUGGACUCAAGCAGAAACAAUGGUUAAUGACUGAGGCGUUAGUCAAUAAUCCCAAAAUUGAAGUAAUAGAUGGAAAGUAUGCCUUCAAGCCCAAGUACAACUUGAAAGAUAAGAAGGCCCUACUUAGGCUCUUAGAUAAGCAUGACCAGCGAGGCCUAGGAGGAAUUCUUUUAGAAGACAUAGAGGAAGGACUCCCCAAUUCCCAGAAAGCCGUCAAGGCUUUAGGGGACCAGAUACUAUUUGUAAAUCGUCCUGAUAAGAAGAAAAUUCUUUUCUUCAAUGAUAAAAGCUGUCAGUUUUCUGUGGAUGAAGAGUUUCAGAAACUGUGGAGGAGUGUCACCGUGGAUUCAAUGGAUGAGGAGAAAAUUGAAGAGUAUCUGAAGCGACAGGGUAUUUCUUCCAUGCAGGAAUCCGGACCAAAGAAAGUGGCCCCUGUUCAGAGAAGGAAGAAGCCUGCUUCUCAGAAAAAGCGACGGUUUAAGACUCACAAUGAGCACUUGGCUGGGGUGCUGAAGGACUACUCAGACAUUGCGCCUGGCAAGUAGUGAACACUUUUGUCUGAGAGCAAGAGUUAGAAAGUCAAGAUCUUCCUCAUUGACGCUGGGACAUGAAGACUGGCCGUCUCCCCAUUCUCCUUCUGAGGACCGAGGAGAGGAGCAGUUGAGUUUACAGAACAAAUGCAGAUCACCAGUCUCGAAGCUUAUUGUAACUAAUGGGCUAAUGAGAAAUGUGCUUUUCCCUGUUACCCUCUGUCACUUCUUGGGGGAAAGGCGCUCAGCAUGGCAUGCAGGUGUCUUUGCUAUUUAUCUACUUCUAAGUGGUUCCUGGUUCCAUUUUUCCUCUUGUAUUACUUUAGAACAAGUUUGCCGAUAGUCUUGAAUGCAAUAUUUGUUUAUUCCAAAGGAACAUAUUUAUAUUAAAAUCAUCGUAGAAGGAGCUCUAA